AUGGAGAAUGUAAAAGUGUCUUUGAUCAGUUUGGAAGAAGCAAAGGUUGUUACACUGAAUUCUCUCCCCUUUCAUCUCCCCCCCCCCCCCCCCCCCCCCCCCCCCCCCCCCCCCCCCCCCCCCCCCCCCCCCCCCCCCCCCCCCCCCCCCCCCCCCCCCCCCCCCCCCCCCCCCCCCCCCCCCCCCCCCCCCCCCCCCCCCCCCCCCCCCCCCCCCCCCCCCCCCCCCCCCCCCCCCCCCCCCCCCCCCCCUCCCCCCCCCCCCCCCCCCACCCCCCCCCCCCCUCCCCCCCCCCCCCCCCCCCCCCCCCCCCCCCCCCCCCCCCCCCCCCCCACCCCCCCCCCCCCCCCCCCCCCCCCCCCCCCCCCCCCCCCCCCCCCCCCCCCCCCCCCCCCCCCCCCCCCCCCCCCCCCCCCCCCCCCCCCCCCACCCCCCCCCCCCCCCCCCCCCCCCCCCCCCACCCCCCCCCCCCCCCCCCCCCCCCCCCCACCCCCACCACCCCCCCCCCCCCCCCCCCCCCCCCCCCCACCCCCCCCCCCCCCCCCCCCCCCCCCCACCCCCCCCCCCCCCCCCCCCCCCCCCCCCCCCCCACCCCCCCCCCCCACCCCCCCCCCCACCCUCCCCCCCCCCCCCCCCCCCCCCCCACCCCCCCCCCCCCCACCCCCCCCCCCCCCCCCCCCCCCACCCCCCCCCCGCCCCCCCCCCCCCCCCCCCCCCCCCCCCCCCCCACCCCCCCCCCCCCCCCCCACCCCCCCCCCCCCACCCCCCCCCCCCCCCCCCCCCCCCCCCACCCCCCCCCCCCCCACCCCCCCACCCCCCCCCCCCCCCCCCCCCCCCCCUCCCCCCCCCCCCACCCCCCCCCACCCCCCCCCCCCCACCCCCCCCCCCCCACCCCCCCCCCCCACCCCCCCCCCCCCCCCCCCCCCCCCCCCCCCCCCCCCCCACCCCCCCCCCUCCCCCCCCCCACCCCCCCCCCCCCCCCCCCCCCCCCCCCCCCCCCCCCCCCCCCCCCCCCCUCCCCCACCCCCCCCCCCCCCCCCCCCCCCCCCCCACCCCCCCCCCCCCCCCCCCCCCCCCCACCCCCCCCCCCCCCCCACCCCCCCCCCCCCCCCCCCCCCCCCCCCCACCCCCCACCCACCCCCCCCCCCCCCCCACCCCCCCCCCCCCCCCCCCCCCCCCCCCCCCCCCCCCCCCCCCCCCCCACCCCCCCCCCCCCCCCCCACCCCCCCCCCCCCCCCCCCACCCCCCCACCCCCCCCCCCCCCCCCCCCCCCCCCCCCCCCCCCCCCCCCCCCCCCCCCCCCCCCCCCCCCCCCCCCCCCCCCCCCCCACCCCCCCCCCCCCCCCCCCCCCCCCCCCCCCCCCCCCCCCCCCCCCCCCCCCCAUCAUUCAAGUUAAAAUUCUACCUGCUACAGGGAGCCUUUCCCAAUCCCUCUGUUCUGUGAUUGGGUAUAGGCUAACUUUGGGAUAUCAGGAUGGGGGCUACAUCCGCAAAACAGCACCUCUGAUCUACCCCUUGAAGUCCAAGGUUCUGGCACGAGCCCACACCUCCCAGAAUCUGCAUCCGUCCAAGCUGAGUGGCACCACUGAAGGCCAGUCCUUGCAGGGAGAAGAACUAGUGAGAAUUCCCCUUCUACCCCAGCUUGCUGCUGGUGUCCCGACAGAGAUAUUUGGCCAGGAGCCUUUGGAUCAGGGAGGAGCUGGGCCUUUGCACUGUAAAAUAGCCUAUAUCUUGGAGAAAUUUCUAGCAUACUAA